AUGCGAUAUCUCGAUUAUGAUCCUCAUGAUAUUGUUUAUAUUACUGAAAUUCGUCAAGCACUUGAUAGAUCUAUAUUAGAUAAUUAUAUUCAAGAUAAAGAUGAGAAUUAUUUUGCUAGUAGAAAUUUAAGUGUACCUAUUCUUAUUUGGUGGACACCAUUUACAUAUGAUACAGGUUCAUAUAUUCAAUGCGGUGCUGAGCAGACACGAUGUUUUAUAUCGAACAUACGAAAAUAUCGUGAUAAUAAAGAUUUUUCUGCAUUUCUUUUCUACGGUACUGAUUUUCAUUUAUAUGAUUUACCAUUACCACGUUAUCAACAUGAACAAUGGGCUUUACUUCAUGAAGAAUCACCAAAAAAUAAUUAUGCUUUUUCAUUUGAAUCUAUUAUGAGCAUGUUUAAUCAUACAGCAACAUUUAAACGUCAUUCCGAUGUACCAUUAACAACACAAUGGUUAGCAUCAAUUGAUGAUUUAUUAGAUCAAACAUAUGUCAUUGAUAUUAAAGAAAAAACAAAUUUACAAACGAUUGAAAAUCUAGCACCGAUUAUUUAUAUACAAUCUGAUUGUUUUACACCAUCAGAUCGAGAUCUAUAUAUUAAAGAAUUAAUGAAAUAUAUUCCAAUUGAUUCGUAUGGAAGUUGUUUACAUAAUAAAGAUUUACCAGAAAAUUUAAGAAUUCCAGUUGAAACAAUGGAACAUGAUGACAUAUUAAAACUUGUUGGUAAAUAUAAAUUUGCAUUAGCUUUUGAAAAUGCUGUAUGUACGGAUUAUAUAACGGAAAAAUUUUGGCGACCAUUAAGAGUUGGAACAAUACCAAUCGUUUAUGGAUCAGAUCAAUUUCAAGAUUUUCUUCCUGAUAAUCAUUCAGCAAUAUCUAUUCUUGAUUUUCCUACACCUGCUGAUUUAGCUCGUUAUAUUCAUGAAUUAAAUCAAAAUGAUACAUUAUAUGAUUCUUAUCGUCAAUUUAAAUUAACUCGUACAAUUUCAAAUGAUACUCUUCUUGCUCAAACAAUGUCUAAACGUACAUGGGGUAUACAUAAUGAUCAUAUUCGUGGUAAUUUUAUUAGUAAACUUGAAUGUCAUGUAUGUGAACGUGUACAUAAAACACGACAAGAUCCAACAUUGAAAUAUCAAGCGAAGUUUGAUGAUUAUGGAUGUCCAUCUCCGACGACAUUUGAUAGUCAAGGUCUAAAAUUAGAACGUUCUGGAGAUUGGUAUCGUCAAUAUGAAUUUAGUCGCUGUCAAGUGAAUGUAUUUGAAGAAUUGAUAGAACAAGGAAAUUAUAGUUUUACAGAAAAAGAAUUGUAUGAUGCAGCAGCAAAACGAUUUUCACCAUCAUUUCGUCGAGAUGAAUUUCUAAAAUAA